GGAUAAUAUUUUAUUGGAUUCGGAUGGACAUAUUCAUUUAGCGGAUUUCGGUAUGUGUAAAACGGAAAUGAACCGAGAAAAUGGUAUGGCAUCAACAUUUUGCGGUACACCAGAUUACAUUGCACCUGAGAUAAUCAAAGGUCAAUUAUACAAUGAGGCGGUUGAUUUUUGGUCAUUUGGCGUUUUAUUGUAUGAAAUGUUAAUUGGACAAAGUCCAUUCCAUGGUGAAGGAGAAGAUGAGCUUUUUGAUUCAAUUUUAAAUGAAAGGCCAUAUUUUCCAAAAAGUAUUGGCAAAGAAGCUGCUAAAUGUUUAAGUGCGUUAUUUGAUCGUAAUCCAAAUACACGUCUUGGUAUGCCCGAAUGUCCAGAUGGUCCAAUACGAACCCAUUCGUUCUUUCGGGGUGUUGACUGGAAACGAUUUGAAGCACGACAAAUGCCACCACCAUUUAAACCUUCUGUGAAAGCAGCAAAUGAUAUUUCCAAUUUUGAUGAUGAUUUUACGCAAGAGAAGCCAACGCUUACACCAAUUGCUGAUAAAACAUUAUUAGCAUCAAUUGAUCCGGAAGCUUUUUUAAAUUUUUCAUAUACUAAUCCGGAAUAUAAAUAA